CCUGCAGCACCAGGAGGUACUGCUACUGUCAAUAUUUUGGUUCCAAUUCCAACAAUCACCACAACAAGUACCUGGUAUAGCUCUUUUACCACAACAGAAACUAUUCCUGCAGCACCAGGAGGUACUGCUACUGUCAAUAUUUUGGUUCCAAUUCCAACAAUCACCACAACAAGUACCUGGGAUGGCUCUUUUACCAAAACCGAAACUAUUCCUGCAGCACCAGGAUAUACUGCUGUUGUCAAUAUUUUGGUUCCAAUUCCAACAAUUACCACAACAAGUACCUGGGAUAAAGAAGAGACUGCGACGUCGACUUAUAAGGUAAGCAUAGGAUAUACUGCAAGUGUGGUAGCAUAUGUUCCAAACGAAGCAGUUGAGGUGGAACUCAACGAAGUAAACGUUGAUGAAGGGAACACUCCAGAAAUUGACGCUAUUGGUAUUCUGCUGGAAGAGACACAAGUUAAAGAUGACGAUGGUGAAAACUCAGAUGUUGUCGAAGGUGACAAUCCAGGUGGACAAGAUUCUCAGAGCUUAGAAGAAUAUAGUGAAGACACAAAAGAAGAUGAGAACUUGGAAGAAAAUAGUGAAGACACAAAAGAAGAUGGUGAUGGUGACGUAAGUGUAAACCAAGGUGUUGCAUCUUCUGCCGAUGCAAGUGAACUUUCUGAAAAUCCACUGAUAGUUGACAUUAACGGAGCCGAACAAACAUUAGGUGGGGUACCAUAUACCGUGCUAACUUCUAGCAAAGAAUAUAAAACCAUUGGUGGUGGAGUUGCUUACACAAUCACGUGUAAUUCACUGACAACUUCUACAGAUCAAGAAUUCCACACUAUAGCUGGCAACGGUCCAUAUGUUUUAGAUAAUGCUUUCCAAACUAUAGCUGGCAAUGGUCCAUUUGUUUUAGAUAAUGCUUCCACACCUAAUGAACCAAACUUAGGAUCCUCGUUAUCAUCAUCAUUAUCAUCAUCAUCAUCACCAUCAUCAUCAUCUCAAGGAGGGUUGUUCGAUACUGAAAAUAACAAAGAAGUGGAUGUCGUUGGUUUGGUUGAAGAUUCUCAACAAGGAAUUGCAGGUUCAGAAUUGUAUGAAGAAGAUGAGGAGGCUGGAACAGUUUCCGUUGGUGAUAAUGAUAAUUCUAAUGGUGAGAUUUUCCCUAAUUCAAAUGAUGAUGUACAAUUGCCAGAAAACCAAGUUAGCAACGAAGGUAUUGCAGAUGAAGCAUAUGUCACUGAGAAGGUAGAGGAUAAUUUUAGUAAUGCUGAAUACGAAAAUGGUUCUGGAAAUGUUGAUGGUGAUUUUUUAGUUGGUGAAACCAUUCCAGAAGGUGUUGAUGGUGAUGCCAUUAUUCGAGAAGGUGUUGAAAGCGAUACUAAGAUCACUAAGGAAGGGUCUGAAGGUGAUUCUAUCAUUCCGGGAGAAGAAGGGGUUGAAGGCGGUGCUGCUGUCGAUGAUAUGGAGAACGGACAGGCUAUUGUUGGGGAUGAACAGCUUCCUGAGCAAUAUGUUGGAUUAAAUAGUUUAGAUGCUGAUUUAGAUUCUGAUUUAGAUGCUGGUUUAGAUGCUGAUCUAGAUUCUGGUUUAGAUGCUGAUUUAGAUGCUGACUUAGAUGCUGAUUUAGAAGAAGAAGUUUCAGUUGGGUUUGAGUACUCUGAAGAAGAUGUAUUUACCGGUUCGGCAUCCAAACUUUCAGUUUGCUUUGCUUUACUUUUUAUUGGUUUGAUUCUUUAA